AUGCAAGGAGAUACAAUAAACAAAUAUUUGCUAAUAUUUACAUUUACUGUUGCUUUAAUAGCUCUCAUAAUUUUACUUUUCAUAUUUCUGAAAGAUAAAUUUUGUCAGCGGAAAAAUCAUUAUCCCAAACAUUCAUACAAUCAGACAAUACCGCUACAACAACAGAAUGAAUUCAGUGAAAUUUUACACGAUACACCGAAUAAAAUUUUAUUAAGAUCCGAUGGUGCAAUACCAAUCGAUUUGCCAGAUUUGGAUUACAUCGAUGAACGUAGCAUUCAUUUGGUGUCACCAACAAUUGUCAUUCAUUCAUUAAAAAAUUCACCUGUAUCAUUAUGA